AUGGAAAAAUUAGUUGUUAAAUGUUUAAAUAAACGUGAAAAAUGUUUUGAAAUAAAUUCAUGUCCAAUAUGGUUAUUAUCAAUUCUUCCAAAUCGAAUUAAAUCAAUUGAAAAAAGUAAAUAUAAUGAUAAUGAAGAUAAAAUAAAAGAACGAAUUAAUGAUAUAUCAACAUAUAAAUAUGUUAAUUUAAUUGAAUUAUUUAAUGAAAAUAAACGACAAGAAGAAGAAGAAGAAGAAGAAGAAGAAGAAUAUAUUAAUUAUAAUAUUGAAUAUCCAAAUAAUAUUCAAUAUUCAAAUGAUUUAUUUUCAAAUUAUUCACAAUUAAUAUAUUCACCAUCAAAUAAACAAUUUAGUUAUUUAUUUAAUAUAUUAAAACAAUAUAAAUAUAAUAUUAAUAAAACAUUAAAAGAAAAAGAAAAAGAAAAAGAAAAAUCUAAAUGUAAAAUUUUAAAUUGUUUAAAUCGUUCAAUCCCAUUAACUAAUUAUUGUCAAAUACAUUUAAUAGAAUAUGAUAAUAAACAAAUAUUAUUUAUAAUAUGUAAUCUUUGUCAACAUAUAUCUAUUAAAAAUGAUAACAAUUUUAUUAUUCAUCAUUGUCCUUAUAAUAAAACAUAA